CAGUCAGGGCCGCGCAUGCGCAGAUGUCAAAGCACGGCGGUUGUGGCGGCCGCCAAGAUGUCCGCCCAGGGCGACUGCGAGUUCUUGGUGAAGCGGGCGAGGGAACUGGUGCCGGUGGACCUGUGGGCGGCCAAGGCCUGGCUCAUCACCGCCCGCAGCCUCUACCCGGCCGACUUCAACAUCCAGUAUGAGAUGUAUUCCAUUGAAAGAAACGCAGAACGAACAGCGUCAGCAGGCAGACUGCUUUACGACAUGUUUGUAAACUUUCCAGAUCAACCAGUGGUAUGGCGGGAAAUUAGUGUUAUUACAUCGGCAUUAAGGAAUGAUUCACAGGAUAAGCAAGCUCAGUUUUUAAGAGGUUUAUUUGAGACCCUUCCAGGUAGAAUUCAAUGUGAAAUGUUGCUGAAAGCCACUGAGCAGUGUUUCAAUACAUUAGAACGGGCAGAAAUGUUGCUUCUCCUAUUGCGACGUUUCCCUGAGACCGUGGUUCAACAUGGGGUGGGACUUGGGGAAACGCUAUUAGAAGCAGAAAGUAUUGAAGACCAAGAAUCACCUGUCAAUUGCUUUAGAAAAUUAUUUGUCUGUGAUGUCCUUCCCCUGAUAAUUAACAACCCUGAUGUGCGGCUCCCUGCCAAUCUGUUAUACAUGUAUCUGAAUAAAGCUGCAGAAUUUUACAUUAAUUAUGUGACUAGAUCUGCACAAACAGAAAACCAAUAUCAAGGAACACAGGAUACAUCUGAUCUUGUGUCCCCCAGCAAACGAAGUUCUCAGAAAUACAUAAUAGAAGGAUUGACUGAGAAAUCCUCUCAGAUUACAGAUCCUUGGGAAAGGGUCUUCAAGAUACUAUCCAUAGUAGGUGUUAGAUGUGAGUGGCAGAUGGACAUGGCAAGAAGAAGUUUUGGUGAUACAUUGCUCAAAAUGAAAGAUGUCUGCAGAUACAUAAGCAACUAUGAUAAUGAAGCCCAUGCAAAAUACAAAACCCAAGUGAUAUAUUCUACAAUGCUGGUGUUCUUCAAGAAUGCAUUCCAAUAUGUCAGCAGCAUUCAACCUUCUUUGUUCCAAGGGCCAAAUGUUCCAAAUCAAAUUCCGCUAGUACUCCUAGAGGAUGUGUCCAAUGUUUAUGGUGAUACAGACAUUGAGCGUGGCAAACAUAUACACAAGAAGCGGAAACUUGCUGAAGGGCGAGAGAAAACUAUGAGCUCUGAUGAUGAAGAUCUUUCUGGGAAGGGGAAAAACAGACUUAUUACAAUAAAUGCAGCAGACCUUUCAAACUCAAUUGAAGUCCAAGAGAGCUUUAGACUGGCUAGAGAAAGCUGGGAACUUCUCCAUUCAAUGGAAUCAUUGGAUAAAGAAUUUACAAGAAUUUGUUUGUCGUGGAAGACAGAUACGUGGCUUUGGCUCCGGAUCUUUCUUACAGAUAUGAUUAUUUAUCAGGGUCAGUAUAAAAAAGCCAUUGCCAGCUUGCAUCACUUAGCAGCUUUGCAGGGAUCACAGCCUCAGCAGCAGAUAAUGGGACAAGGAUCACUAGAAAAUCAGCGAGCCCUGAUCCAGCUAGCAACCUGUCACUUUGCACUUGGAGAAUACCAUUUAACCUGUGAAAAGGUACUUGAUCUAAUGUGCUACAUGGUACUUCCCAUACAAGAGGUGAUUAAGCCUCAGGAGGAACAGCCAACGUUGAAGUCAAAAUUCAGGAAAGCUUCGGAACUGAAGCUCUGGCCAUGUACAAGUAAAGCUAUUAUGCCGUACUGUCUUCGGUUACUAUUAGCAUGUUUUAAGCCGAGAGCUUUCACAGACAACAGAGAUGAUAUGGCACUAGGACACGUGAUUGUGUUGCUCCAGCAAGAAUGGCCAAGGGGUGAACAUCUGUUCUUGAAAGCUAUCAACAAAAUCUGCCAGCAAGGAAGCUUCCAAUAUGAAAAUUUUUUCAACUAUGUGACAAAUAUUGAUAUGCUGGAAGAGUUUGCUUAUUUAAGAACACAAGAAGGAGGAAAAAUUCAUCUGGAGCUGCUGCCAAAUCAGGGGAUGUUGAUAAAGACUUCUAGCCCUCCGCUGGGGUUACUGCAGCAGGAAUUCAUACCUGUACUACAGCCCAGCAUACAGACUGCUGACAGGCAUCACACAGUUACCAGAGGAAUAACAAAAGGUGUGAAGGAGGAUUUCCGCUUGGCAAUGGAGCGGCAAGUGUCUUGCUGUGCAGAAAACCUGAUGACGGUGCUGCACAGAUUCUGCAUCAAUGAGAAGAUAUUGCUCCUUCAGACACUGGCUUGAGUAUCACGGACCUUAUACUGGAAAAGCUUACUUAGAAGAGGGAAGCAGAAAGAAAAGCCAUGCUAUUCUUUUCAUGUUGCUUUAGAGAUGUCUUGAGAUCCCUGGUUCAGCCUGCUAAAAAAUUACAGGCUGAGUAAAGUUAAUGUCAGAAAGUGUGGUGUGCAUCACCCAUCAACAUUUCAUUGCAUCUUUUGGUAAAUCUUUCAGUUCAGCACUGUAAAUAAAAUAACUUUUACAUGUAUAAAAA